AGAGUUUAAAUAGAAUUGGAUGUAGGCUAACUUAUUUCAUUAGCAUGUGGUUGGAGUUUCUUUGUAGAGGGGGAGGGGACGAGGACAAGGCGCAUUCGACUGCGCGCUAAACGCACCAUAGUCCAUACGGCAUUCGGUUUCGUUCCAACUUCCAGUGCCAGUUUGGCAGUAGAGGUGAAAUUGGCUCCUUUGCCAAUCUAAUGGAACAGCGUUCCUUCGGGCGCGUGUCACCGAUCGUUCUACACAAAUCAAACAUUCGCCACAAGCGCGACAACUGUCGUAAACAACAAAUUCUGCUACUGCUACUAUGUUGUUUAAACGGAUCAUCGAAGGAAAGUCGAUGUUGAACGAAGCGAAGGACAGCAGUAGAUCUUCCGAGAAAUGUUCUAGAAGGAAGUCGGAAUGCGCUGGUUGUGGAGAACAUUCUACUAUAUUGGAGGAGAUGUUGAAGAUGGUGCUGCUGGGAAUCGUUCUGUGGGCGGGAGUGACAUUUGGUGCUCACGUCGCUCCAUAUCCUCUCAAUCUAAUUUUGCCUUCAGAUAUAAGUCACCCACCACCAAUGUACGACUACCCAUUCCCAAGUGCACAAAUGUUGAAGAGAUUGCCCCCAGUGACCGCUCUGCAUACAAAUAAGUCGAUUAGCUUAAGUAAGCUUUCAAUUUCAAUGCUCGAACGCUUGGAAGAAAACUUAGAUGCAUCAGGGAUAAAGCCAAUGCCUGGUUCUGCGGCCCAGGGUCUUGCUAUUCAAGGCUAUCCUUCUACUGAUGCAAUGAAGUAUGAGAAAUCAUCAAUGACAAUCACAAAGGCAUCGCAAAACCUAGUUUGGACAAGAUGUUCAAGAUACGGCUUGGCAACGGAUGAGUGUGCAAGCUUUAUAAGCACAUUGAAUUUACGCGAAACUGACUACGGUGGCGAAUGUGCACAACUGGAAAGGUUUACAUGCCGGACAACCAAAAUGUCAUCGAGAUAUCGUACGUUCGAUGGUUCUUGUAACAAUCCUGUACGAUCUUCUUGGGGACAAGCUCUUACUGGUUAUAAGCGACUAUUGCAUCCCAGAUACUCCGAUGGCAUUGAGGAGCCUCGUCGUGCUCUUAGCCACAAUGAAUUACCAUCGGCUCGCUUAGUAAGCACAGUAUUAGCAAACAAUUUGGAUGUGCCUAACAACAAAAAAACCAUUGCUCUGCCUGUUUGGAGUCAGUUCAUUUUCCAUGAUUUGGUGCAUACGCCUGUUCGUAAGACAAUUCAUACUGACCGAAUCAUCAGUUGUUGCGACAGCUCGGGAUAUAAUCUUAGUCCUCGCUAUUUGCAUCCCAGCUGUAUGCACAUCUCAGUACCCGACCUAGAUCCUUUCUACAAGGAUCAAUAUGUUACUUGUAUGGACUACACACGCUCUGUCACAACUUUUCGUGGAGACUGCACCUUUGGCGCUGCUGAACAGAUGAAUCAAGCGACGCAUUUCAUGGAUGGCUCUCACAUCUACGGUUCCAACGGUCGCGACGCUGCAGCUCUGCGAGAGUUGACCGGCGGCUUGUUGAAGACCUCUUACAUUGAAAAUGAGGAAUUGCUUCCUUUGGCAACAAACCCUACCGAGAAGUGUCUUCUUGAUAACAAAUCUGAUGCCUGCUUUAGCACUGGUGACAUUCGUGCGAACAUGCAUCCGUGGCUAACCAGCCUCCACUCCCUAUGGGUCAGAGAACACAAUCGUGUGGCCAGAACGUUGGCGUCACUGAAUCCCGGCUGGAACUCUGACAAGCUGUAUCAUGAAGCGCGAAGGAUAGUUGUGGCAGAACUGCAACAUAUUACUUACAAGCAUUGGAUGCCUGCGCUUACUGGUAAAGCAUUGGACGAGAUGUACGACAGUUAUGACAUCGGCUACAACUCGGACAUUGAUCCCACAGUCACCAACUCCUUCGCAAGCGCCGCAUUUCACUUCGUGAAUAGUUUGCUCGACCAAGACAUCGAAGUUGUGGACGAGAACAAUAACGUAACCGCACACCGUCUGAAGAAUAACUACUUCAAACCCGAACUGCUUACUGAGAAAAAGGGCCUUGAGAAUAUUCUUAGAGGAAUGGUUAAUCAGAAAAGCCAGAAACUGGACUUAAACUAUGACGACGAUCUCCGUCAGCAUUGGCUGGGCGGUCUAGACGUGAUGGCGGUGGACAUCCAACGCGGGCGUGACCACGGCCUGCCCGGCUACGCUCACUACCGCGCUCUGUGCGGCCUGCCUCUACCCACUACCUUCGCGCAGCUCGCAGACGUCAUACCGCAGGAGGUUAUCGACAAAUUGUCCGAAUUAUACGAGCAUCCCAGUGAUAUCGAUUUAGUGGUGGGAGUGAUGGCGGAAUACCCUCUCGACGGCUCCCUGUUGGGACCCACUGCUACUUGUUUCAUUAAGGAGCAACUGUGGCGCACGCGCGGCGGCGACCGUUACUUCUACUCGCACGCCGGCGAAGCGGGCAGCUUCUCCAAGAGACAGCUGGUUGAGCUGCGGCGCACGUCGCUGUCCAGAUUGCUCUGCGACAACACCGACAUCACUAGCGUGCAAAAGGACGUGUUCCAACCGCCUUCUGAAAGUAACCCGAUCGUGUCGUGCGAAGAAAUCAAAAAGGUGAACCUCGAUGCGUGGCAGGAUCCGUCCCAGCAACCCGACAUCCUCACUCGCACAAACAAAUGGAUCAAGAACAAAGUGGGCAGUGUCGGCAAUUCUACUAAAUAGACUGUUAUGUAGUUCCGCUUUAAAUUAAUUUAGUAUUUAUGUGCAGCUAUGAUUUCUUGAUCUGCGGUGUUCAUUAUUGUUGGUACUCAAAAGUUUCCAUGCAAUUCAUGCCAGUAUGAAUGAGAUACACAUGAGUCGAACAAAAUGUGGAUGUUUCGGCAGUAACUUGUUGAGCUCCAAAUUUAGAGUUAAAGGUUAUCAAUGUAAUCAAAGACGCACGUACUCAUUGAUGUCACAAUAAAUAUAGGUAUUUUAUGAAUUAUUGUGUUAGUUUCGGUGAAGUAGUUUUUUCCAGAAUGUUACAAUGUAUGUAAUGUACAAUGUGUAAUGGUACAAUGAUUAGGUAAAUUGUGACGUGCUUUCAUAGUUCAACAAGUAUUAAGUAUAUUGUAGUGUUUUAGUUGCGAUAAGCAAAUCGUAAUUGUUUAUGUAAUGAAUACAAAUACCUAAUAAUGUGUUAUUUAUAAUGAUGAAGUUUCAGAAAUCUUAACAGCGUAGGUAAUUUUAUUGCUUAAGUAGGUACUUACAUAUUUAUAACUAGUUUAAAAUUACUCAGUAUCUUCGACAUUAAUUAGCACCGCAGUUUCGAAAUCGUGAGUCGAGUGAUUCAGUAUUGUGGUUGAUUAGAAUUUAUUUAGCUUUUAAGAUUAUACCUAACCACGUUUAUCAUAUUUUGGGCUUAUCCAACAAUCCGAAGUAGAAUAUCUACUUCUACUAAGUAAAUUUUUGCUUUUAUACUUCUUUAAUAAAGUCUUAAACGUUUAUUUUUGAGGUGAAAAUGAUAAGGAUCCUUUUGAAUUUUUGGAUUGGCCCAAAAUGUGGUCAAGUCCGUAUUGAAUGCGUACGGACGCCAUGUUCUACAGUGGCUGUGAUAACGUGGAUUAUCCACUUCAAUGAUGGUAGUCGAAAGACGUGCUAGAGAUACUAAAGACCCAUAUGUUAAAAGGUCUUUAGACUUAAUAUGCUGCGAAUAACCGUCUCCGACUAAUUUUAAUGCAUUUGAAGUUUCUAGAUCAUAGUUUUAGGGAUAAAAAUAUAAUCCGUAUAUUAAAGUGGAUCGGCAAGUGACACGAAGAAUUAUUGUAUUCAAAAGUAUUUUGAUUUUGUAGUCUUAUAAUGGAGAAACAUAUAGACGUUGGAAAGUUAUCAUAUUGAAAUAUAUAAAAUACCUACUGUGUAGUCAAGAAUAAAGAAGAAUGGCAACGACAGUUCCUAGAACAUUGAUGUAGGAAUAAGCUUUGUACAGUUUACGACAGGUCGAGAUGGCAAUGCGGGUAUGAAGCGGGGGACGCCCCGCACACCCGCACUGUCCCGCACCAGGCUAGCGCGGAGGCUGUGCGGGUGUGCUGGCGUCCCCUGCCUCAUACCCCGAUUGCCAUGUCGAUCUGUCGUGAACUGUACAUGAUUCGAUAAAAUCAAAAGUAGGUCCUGUAGGUUAUUGAAAAAAAAAGACGAUCAAAAUGUUUACGAAAUUGAUGUGAUUUUACUUACACUUUGAAAGUGGACACAACUGAUUUCAAUGAAAUUAUCUUCGAGGUUUUGUUCUCUGUUGGUUAUUUUUUAACUUUUUACUGUGUUAUCUAUACUUAGUUUUUCUUUUACAAAAUAACUAUUAAAAUGAAAAUCAGUCGUAAAAGUAUUUGUCAAAGUCCAGAUAUCGCACAUUUUAUUGCAUAGAAUAUGUGUUGCCAUCGCCAUAUUACCAAAGACUGGAUUGCAAUUAAUGAUCAAUGUAUAAUAAUUUUAGGGCACCGUGUCGGUUUCUAUUCUGGAAAAGCGGCGCGUUGCGCGUCGCGUCGCAUUCGAAAGCGUUCUUGCAAAAUCCGCUACAUAUUUUUUGAUUUUCAUUUUUGAUGUAAUUUUGUUUGGUUUCAAAAUUCAAAAUGCGUGCGUACAUGUAGAAACCCGUUCUUUAGUUUUUUUUUCUCUCUCGUCGGGCUUUACAAAGAUUAGCCAAUGUCAAGUUUGUAGUUAUUCCACACCAGUGAAACACAAAACCCGACCACUUUUAACGAAAAAAAAAAAACACUCCAAAAAGGCAGAGCACGCGCGCCAGCAAAUACCAACACAGACGAUUGACGAAGUCCGUUCUUUAGUUUAGUAGGUAUGUGUGCUAGUUCAAGAGAAUCUUUUUAGCUGUGUGAUUUUGGUCUAAAAGUAAAGAAUAUUUUU